AUGGUUCACUCAGGGGUUCUGACUAUCCAGCAGCGAGACGUUUCACCGUGUCUCUACAGAAUAUCAGCCCUCCCACGGACAGACAACUUCUCAGCUCCUAGGCUAUCUCACGGACACUUACGUUCACCUGUCACAGCAAGACUAGCAGCCACUCCCGAACGGAGAACUGGUUCGGACUGUUUCAGCGUUCUAGGGAUUCCGUCCAGUGCUGGCGCUGAUGACAUUCGCAGAGCUUACAGGCAGCUCGCACGAACUUAUCAUCCUGAUGCCAAUCCGACCGAAGACACCACUUCCAAAUUCCUUGAAGUCCACUCCGCAUACGAGCUUGCUCUUAAGCGUUGCGAGAAGAGGAGAGCGUCUGUCUCGAUGGUCUCAAAAUCUCCUUCCGAGCCCUCACGCAAUACACCAUCACGGAGAAAAACGCAGCGCAAGGACGAUUGGGACGACAUCUGGAAUGACCUCAUGCCGGCCAGCCCUCGUCGCCGGCCGUCCCGUCGGAAGUCCACCAUGAACUCACCAAGCUUCAUCUGA